GAGAGAAGGGGGGAGGGGCGGCUGUUGUGUGGUGCCGAUGUAUGGAAGUGGAAGAAAUUUAUUUAUUUGUUACUGUUUUUAAGGAUAAAGGAAGGUUGAGAGUGAGGGAGAUGUUCUUGCAUAUUUGGCAGGUGAAACUCGGGAGCACAUUGUUUUAAAUGCGAGGAGGAUAACUAGGGAAGAGAAGGAGAAGGAGAAGGGGAAGGGGAAAGGCAAGGAGGGACUUGGGAAGUGGAAGGACAGAGAGGGGCUUUAAGAUUUCCUCAAGGUUCUUCUCUGCAGCCAAUGAUAUGGUGAUCCUGUCUCACUUUAUGUUCCUUUAUCGAUACUAGUUGAUCUCUUAUCAUUAAGAGAGACUCUACUUGUGCUUGAUUGCGACCUGUGGAAGUCGAGCUAUGCAUCUUGAUGCAAAGUCUGCAGAAAUGCAAGUUGUUGGAAAAAAAGGUUCAGAGAGUAAUUCUCUCUAUUCAUCAUCUACUUUUGUGAACAAUCCUGCCUGGUGGAAUGCUAGUAGUGCAAACAUUUUGCAGUCGUCUUAUUCCAAAGACUUGAAUAUGAAUAUGGACUACUUAGCAAAAGAUGGUAACGGGGAAACACAAUUAAGCCAUACAAUGUCCGACCAUGACUCUUCAACUCACUCUAGUGGUCAAUCCCAUCGAGAAGUAUCUGAGAUGUGUGAAGACAAUGUUCAUCAGCAAUAUAUUUCUAUGCAGUCUGGUGCUGAUAAUGCAUAUAGAAAGCCCGAUGAUAGUCCUACAAAACCAGUUUUAUGUUUGGGGAGUUCAGAAGUUUCAUUCGCACCUAUGAAGAUGGACUAUAGCCAAUCUUUUGCUCAUGUGGCAUAUCCUUAUGCUGACCCAUACUUAGGUGGCAUCCUUGCUGUUUGUGGACCUCCGGCUAUGAUCCAUCCGCAAAUUGCGGGAACAUCUUCUGCUUCUCGCAUGCCACUGCCUCUUCAACCUGCAGCCGAAGGACCUAUUUAUGUCAAUGCAAAACAAUACGCUGCAAUUCUACGAAGAAGGCAGCUGCGUGCAAAGUUGGAGGCUGAAAACAAACUCGUAAAGAGCAGAAAGCCAUAUCUUCACGAGUCUCGUCAUCGCCACGCGAUGAAGCGAGCAAGGGGUUCUGGUGGAAGAUUCCUCAACACAAAGCAACUAGAGCAGCAGCAACAGCAGACCCAACCUUCAGGUCUCUCUGGUUCAGCGAGCUCCGACAUGAGAGCUGCUUCGACAAAUGGAGGUAAGGUAGCGGAACGGAAACACUUUGGCUUCCAAUCAUCCAACUUCUGCUCGAGUUUGGAGUGAGCAUGUAUGGCGGAAGCAGCAUGAUUAGACUCGGGGCAGUAAGGAGGUGUUGCAUUUUGCUGUCUGUCAUGGUGUUUUCCUGGCAAUUCAUCCUUGGCUUUUGGUAGUGGUACCUUUGUUUGAAGUGCUUCGUUCGACAUCUGUAGUGGACAUGAACAGCAGUCGACUGCGAGAUACUGAAAACUGUUACUCGUCUUGUUCUUAGAUGCUCAAGUUUCAUCUUGCUUAAACAACACUGAAUCGAUGGAAAGAACAACCAUCCAUGAAUUCUAUUCAACUUCAUGCUCAA